GGGAGGCCCCCGCCUGGAAUGCUGAUGGCCUAAGACGGGGGAGGGAAUGAAAAACGGGCUCUUCUGCUGGAAGGGCUGGGGCAGGUUUCUGGUGAUGGUGAGAAGUAGCCCCGCGCGGCGAAAGAGGUGGAGAGAGGGUUUUAGCGCGUUAUAGCUGGAUAGAGCCCCUCUGAUAGAGUCUCUCCAAAGUCUCUGACAGAGUUUCCUGUUGACCGGAUAGGCUCAAUUCACCAUGCUAAGUCUAAAUGAGAGUGAAUAAGGGCUGCUAAACUUUUGAGGAGAGAAAGGAAAUUGCACAGAUUACAAAAUUUAAGAGGCUACUGGUCAUAUGCUUCGGAUGGAAACUACAGAAGUUGAUGAUGUCAAAAAAUCUUCCAAAAGAAAGAUAAGUCUGGCUAAAGUGACUGAUUGGGUUGAACCAUCUUUUAGUGAUAUCUGUAAGAAUACAGAUCUGUCAUCUAGCAUUCUUCAUAAGAAGUCUUCUACAGAUAAUAAUUACUGUCAGGAGGCUAAAGAGCAUUUCCCUGUGCUAGAAAUUUGGAAAAGUGGGAGAAAAAAAAGAAAGCCAGCUACUAGAAAUGAAAGAGAUAAAUUCUCCAAGCAAAAUUGUAACCAGACUGAACCAUGGGUGGAUAAAUACAAACCAAAAACUCAGAAUGAGCUUGCCACACACAAAAAGAAAAUUGAAGAAGUUGAAACAUGGCUUAAAUAUCAUAUAUUUGAAAGACAACCUAAACAGGGAAGCUCUGUUUUAUUAUUAACUGGUCCUCCAGGAUGUGGAAAGUCUGCAACUGUGGAAGUAUUAGCCAAGGACCUUGGCAUUCAGGUGCAAGAAUGGAUAAAUCCUGUAUCUCUAGACUUCAGGAAAGAUGACUUUCAAAAUGCUUUGAACCAUGAAUCUGAUUUUCAGAUAGUUCCCUAUCAAAGCCAAACUGCCCUCUUUCAAGAAUUUCUGUUAAGAGCAAACAAGUAUGCCAGGCUUCAGAUGGCUGGAGAGUCCACGGGAACUAACAAAAGACUUAUUCUUGUGGAAGAUAUUCCAAACCAUUUUUAUUGUGACCCAAGCAGUUUGCAUGACAUUUUAAGGAAAUUUGUGCGGACAGGCAGAUGCCCUCUUGUGUUUAUUAUAUCAGGUGGCUUCAGUGGAGCCAGCAACCAAUGGUUUCUGUUCCCAAAGGAAAUUCAGGAAGAGCUGCAUAUAUCUAAUAUCAGUUUUAAUCCAGUGGCUCCUACAAUGAUGAUGAAAGUUCUAAAUCGAAUAAGUGUUACAGAGUUCAAUACGAAUGGAGAAAAACCUGAUGUUCCUGGCAAAACUUCAUUAGAAUUAAUUUGCAAAGGUUGUUCAGGUGAUAUUAGGAGUGCAAUAAACAGUCUUCAGUUUUCUUCUUUAAAAGAAUAUUAUUCAGAGGACAACCUGUGGUCACAGAGAAAAAAGAAUUCUACAUUAAAAUGUGAUACAUUGUCUAAAAUAAAGAAGAAGAAGAAUGCUGGUAAUCUGUUAGAAAAUGUGGAGCUACAAGCUAUUGGUGGCAAAGAUGCCUCCAUCUUCCUUUUCCAUGCUUUGGGAAAAAUACUUUAUUGCAAAAGAGAACCAGCAAAAGAGUUGGACUUUCCUCAGCUGCCUGUUCAUUUAUCAGAAUAUGAACGAAAUUCCUUGCUUGUUCAACCAGAGGAUGUCAUUGAAAAAUCACACAUGCCUGGAGACAUUUUUAAUUUAUACCUUCACCAAAACUACAUAGACUUUUUCUCUGAUAUAGAUGAUAUUGUGAGAGCCAGUGAAUAUUUGAGUACUGCUGAUUUCCUUUGCAGUAGGUGGGAUGCACGACCUACACUCCGGGAGUAUAGUGCAUCUGUGGCCACAAGGGGUGUGAUGCAUUCAAACAGAGCCAGAGCCUUUGCCCAGAGCAAAGGAGGAAUGGGCUUUCGGCCCCUUCAUAAACCACAGUGGUUUCUAAUUAAUAAAAAGUAUCAAGAAAACUGCAUUGCUGCGAAAUCCCUCUUUUCAAGUUUCUGUUUGCCACCAGUAUGUCUUCAGACCCAGCUAUUACCUUACCUUGCCAUGCUGACAAAUCCAAUGAGAAAUCAAGCUCAGAUUACUUUUAUUCAAGAUGUUGGAAGGCUGCCAUUAAAGAAGCACUUCAGAAGGCUGAAGCUUGAAACUCUUACUGAUAAGGAUUGUUCAAUAAAUGUCCUGGAUAGUGAUGAUGAAGGGGAUUUUGUUGAGAUGCAACCCCCAAGCAAGCUUAUCGAAAUUCAGAAAAACAAAACCAGUGAAGAAAAUGAACCAGGAGACUUGUUUCAUCAAUUCAGUCAGUCCAGUGGACAUGAACUGCCAGGCAGUCAACCUCAACCCAUUACAGCACAAGCAAUCAUGGAGGAAGAUGAUCUAAACAUAGAGGAAUGUGAUAGUGACUGAAAGUUAUAAAAUGGCAACCCAAAAGCUGUGAUAGUGUUUGUUAGUUCUGAUAUUUUGUAAGAAUUUUAAUGUACAGAGAAUUACCAAUGUGGUUUUUUUUUGCAGGUCGUUGCUAAUUUGUUAUAAAUUCACUUUGGGUAAUGAAUAUGGAUGAUAGCAGAGUGCUGGGUGUCCCCUAGUUGAUUUUGCACUAUAAUGCAGGGGUUGGCAACUUAUGGCCCUCCAGAUGUUUUGGCCUAUAAUUUGCAUAAGCCCUUACCGUUGGCUAUACUGGCUAUGGCUUACAGGUGGUAUAGGCUAAAAUUUUUGGAAGGGCACAAGUUGCCCAAUUCUGCCAAGGCCACAGCUAUGUAUACUGCAAUAUAAGAUUUUGUUUUCCUUCCCUAUAAGGUGACAUGAAAAUCUAUAUUAUAGGGAAAGGCAUUUAUUUGGAAUUUUUAUACCUCUGUUUUUCAGAUAUUUGGGAGAUAACUGUUUUGUGACCAUUUCACAAGUUUAACCCACACCUGCAAUACUAGGGGAAAAUGUACAAAGCAUUUACAUUUUGGGUUGUGUACUAUUUAAAUGUAAAUAAACUUUUGAAUGCCUUGCUUGUAAGUAAA